AUGAAACGUGUUGUGAUCGUGGGAGCCGGCCCAUGCGGGCUGGUGGCGCUCAAGGAGAUGAUCGAGAGCGGCCACGAGGCAGUCCUGCUCGAACGAUCGGGACGGCUGGGCGGCGUGUUUGCCAGUGCAACAGCAUACCCAAACCUGCACCUCACCAUCAGCAACUGGGCCAUGGCCUUCUCCGACUUCCCGGAUCCGACGAGACUGCAUUACUCGACGGCCGCGGAAUACCUACACUAUCUCCACGAAUACGCGCGGCAUUUCGACCUCGAGCGCCAUAUCAGAUACCACGCCGAGGUGCGCAGCGCGAUCUUGGAGAGUGACGGGCAGUGGUCUUUGGAAAUCCAGAACAACAGCCAGACCGGUCCAGAGCAAGAGCAGGAGCAAUCCACGUUUUAUCUGCAGGCGGACGCGCUCAUCGUCGCCACCGGGUCGAACGGGCUCCCCAAUGCACGACCCGCAGGGCUGUCCGGGUUCGAGGGCCGAGUAAUCCACUCGUCAGAGUACGACGAAGCGUUCAAGCAAGAGGUCUCGGAGAAGAAGCUGAGAGUGUUAGUGGUCGGCGGCGGGGAGAGCGGCGCAGACAUCGCCGCCGAGCUGGGGGAGCUGUCGCCCAAUGUCACCGUGUGGCUGCGCCGUCCCGUUUGCGUCGGCCCGCGUUACCUCAACAAGAAGAACGAGAUGGAACAGGUGCAAGCCAACAUGACCGUCGACUUCCCGGCCAACGGCUUCCUCGAGGCCGCCACGACGAACCGCAUGAGCGCCGCCCAGAAUGUGUACACGUACGGCGUCUUCCGCAGGCUGCUCUGGCGCACGCCCGUGCUGAACGGCACGCUGUCACGCAUGUCGCUGGCCAGCACGGCGUCGGCAUUUGUGCGAAACGAUCAAGCCACGUAUGUCACCAAGAACCAGCGCAUGUGCGAGGCGCUGCAUGACGGCAAGAUCGAGGUGGUUGUCGCGCCGUCCAUCUCCGCCCGCGGACGGAGAUGCGAGUUUCCAUUGGCCGACGACGGCCAGACCCAGCGGCGCGAGUUCGACGUCGUUGUUCUCUGCACCGGCUUCCGUGUCGAGUUUCCAUGGAUUCAUCUGCCUGAGAAACAACAGAUCCCGUUGUCAUCAAACCCCCGCUCGUGGUAUCUGCACUGCUUCCCCGAGGGACUGGGCCACUGCCUCUUCUUUGUGGGGUACGCGCGCCCUCACCAGGGCGGCGUGCCGGUCAUGGCCGAGAUGCUGAGCCGAUACAUUGCGCUGCUGCUCCGAGGAGAGAGGCAGCUUCCAGCCGAUUACUCGGCGCGGGCGCAGCGCGACGCCGCAGCCUCGCGCGAGUACUACUCUCUCAGCCCCGACCUCCACACGCUCGUCGACUACAACGCAUUCCUGGAAAGCGUUGCGCGACGGAUCGGCUGCGAGCCGAGACUGCCCGUGCUCUGUGUCCUGCUGUGCAACCUGCACAUGCUGACGGUCCUGCUCCUGGCUCUCCAGCUAUGCUGCUCCCAAACGCGGCUGUGGUGGUGGAGUCCCCGAGCCACGCUGCUGAUGUGGGGGGUGUCGAUGGCCGGCUUCUUCGUCCUCCACGACGGAUUGCUGAUCAAGUGGUGGUUCUACCCGCACUGGGCGGUGUGGUACCGCCAACGCGGUCCCGGCUCCGAUCCCGCUCUGCUUGAUGGGGUCCUGGGCCGUGUGAUCCUGUGGAGAUCGACAGCCAUCACGUCCGGGUUCGUCUUGCUGGUGCUCUGGUCUGUUCCGACUUACUAUGCGCAGCGCAUCCUCUCUGUCUUCCUGUUUGCAUUCAGUGCCACCUUGUCUGUACUCGGAAUCGACUUGCCUGCAGCGUGGAUUGGUCUGCUCCGGCCCAAGCUCUUUUCAUUACAUGAUUGCCCGUGGCGACUGUCCGAUCUCUACUUGCCAUGA